UCUUCCCCCUCCUCCUCCCUCUUCGCAGCAGGGACCGUCUUGGCUGAGGGGGGAGGCCUCGCGCGGGGCUGUUCAUGGAAGAGAUGUCUGGAGAAACGGUGGUGAGCACAGCAGUGCCAGCAGCCACGACUCGCACCACCUCCUUCAAAGGCGCCAGCCCGAGCUCCAAGUACGUGAAGCUGAACAUCGGCGGGGCCCUGUACUACACCACCAUGCAGACACUGACCAAGCAGGACACCAUGCUGAAGGCCAUGUUCAGCGGCCGGAUGGAGGUCCUCACGGACAGCGAAGGCUGGAUCCUGAUCGACCGCUGCGGCAAGCAUUUUGGGACCAUCCUCAACUACCUGCGGGACGGCGCCGUGCCCCUCCCGGAGAGCCGGCGGGAGAUUGAAGAGCUGCUGGCCGAGGCCAAGUAUUACCUGGUCCAAGGCCUAGUGGACGAGUGCCAGGCUGCCCUACAGAACAAAGACGUCUAUGAGCCUUUCUGCAAGGUGCCCAUUAUCACGUCCUCCAAAGAAGAGCAAAAACUUAUCGCCACUUCUAACAAGCCAGCGGUUAAAUUGCUGUACAACCGAAGCAACAACAAAUACUCCUACACAAGCAAUUCGGAUGACAACAUGCUGAAGAACAUUGAGCUCUUUGACAAGCUUUCACUGCGGUUCAACGGGAGAGUCCUAUUCAUCAAAGACGUCAUCGGGGACGAGAUCUGCUGCUGGUCUUUCUACGGCCAGGGGCGCAAGAUCGCGGAAGUGUGCUGCACGUCCAUCGUGUACGCCACGGAGAAGAAACAGACCAAGGUUGAAUUCCCGGAAGCCCGGAUCUACGAGGAGACGUUGAACAUCCUGCUGUACGAAGCCCAGGACGGCCGGGGCCCUGAUAACGCGCUGCUGGAAGCGACCGGAGGGGCGGCUGGCCGCUCCCACCAUCUGGACGAGGACGAGGAGCGGGAGCGCAUUGAGCGCGUCCGGCGGAUCCACAUCAAGCGCCCCGAUGACCGGGCUCACCUCCACCAGUGAGAGAAGGCCGCCCUGGCCGCCCCGUCCCGUCCGGCUCAGCCCUUCGCUGGAAUCUCUCUGUCCAGCGUCAUUCCAGAUGCCUCCCCGGCACCUAACUUAUAUCCCGCGAGGUCUCUAAAAACUGUCUUUUUAUAAACGAAUUAGAGUAUUUUUGGUAUUUAACAAAGCAGUUUUAUCGUAAGACCAACGAGGUGUCCGGCUUCGCAGCCGUCCCAAGGACUCGGUGGACGCUUUGGGGGCUGAAGUCGUAGCGUUUCCAGCACUUUUCAAUCCACCUCUCUUGUGCUCCUCCUUCGGCAUGGAUGUUUAACGGCUGCAUUUUGCCGGGGAGACCGUGGCUGUCUUUCACGCACGCCCCUCUCCCUCGACUCCAAAGUUCAAGAAGGGGGGGGGGUAUUUCCGCAGCCAGGCGGCUGCUCCCGUUUCCCCCCCCCCCCUUAAAGGUUCUGGCGUGUGAGAUGAGCUGCAUCUGAAUCCCAGCCUGGUGACAACGUCUGCUGGGGAAAUCUCCCCAUCGCUCGCUUUGGCACUCAGCUGGUGGGUCUCCGAGAGGGGAGGGAGGGAGGG